GGUGCCUGGGUCUCGUGCAGCUCCAGUGACUCUCUGGCGACACUGGGCGUUUCCUCCUUUUCAGGCCUUGGAAAGUUUUGUUUUGGUUCUUAGUUCCUUGUCAAAGAAAGGCACCCUGUUGACCAAAGGUUUCUGAGUGUCCUCCAGGUGGCUAGAGGCCAAGUUUCCCCCAUCCCAGCUUGCCCAGACUUGGGUCCCAUCCGACUCCUAGAAGGCGGGGGAAGCGAGCCUUGUGACGAGGAAGGGAGCGAGCAGCCAGGCUACCGGCUCCCCCGCCGCUGGCCGGCCCCUGUCUUAGCCCGGUCCCUGAGCCAGUACCCAUCGCGCCACAAAGGGUGCGGACGGCCUCCCGAGUGACUCCUCAGGGACCCGGUUCUCCACCAUUCCCAAGAGAAUACUCAACCUAGCCGCGCCCGCGCUGGGGAGAGAGAAAGAGAGAGAGCAGGCGACUGAAACCCGGGAACGGGGCCCGGCGCGCAUGCGCGCACCAGGCGGUGUCCUCGAAGUGCUCGUCCCGCGGCGGCGGCCGCUAGGGGGCGCAUGCGCCCUGAAGGGUGCGGGCUGGUCUCCGGGAAGAAGGCGGCGGCGGUGAAAGGCGGGGGCGCCGUGGGGGCCGGGCCGGUGUUUACACAGCGGCGGGCGGGCGCGGACGCAGAACCCGGCGCGGCGGCGGCGACAGCGGCACGAUGGUCAUGGCGCAUUUCGUCGAGAAUUUUUGGGGGGAAAAAAAUAGUGGCUUCGAUGUCCUUUACCAUAAUAUGAAACAUGGACAGAUAUCGACGAAAGAACUAGCAGAUUUUGUAAGAGAAAGAGCUACAAUAGAAGAGGCGUACUCCAGGUCAAUGACAAAACUAGCAAAAUCUGCAAGCAAUUACUCACAACUUGGAACAUUUGCACCAGUGUGGGAUGUGUUCAAAACAUCUACGGAGAAAUUAGCUAACUGUCACUUGGAUCUUGUUAGAAAAUUACAAGAAUUAAUAAAGGAAGUUCAGAAGUAUGGAGAAGAACAAGUGAAAUCUCAUAAAAAGACUAAAGAAGAAGUUGCAGGAACUCUGGAAGCUGUUCAAACCAUUCAGAGCAUAACUCAAGCCCUCCAGAAAUCCAAGGAAAAUUACAAUGCCAAGUGUGUAGAACAGGAACGUUUGAAAAAGGAAGGAGCUACACAAAGAGAAAUAGAAAAGGCAGCUGUUAAAUCUAAGAAAGCUACAGAUUCCUAUAAACUCUAUGUGGAAAAAUAUGCAUUAGCAAAAGCUGAUUUUGAACAGAAAAUGACAGAAACAGCUCAGAAAUUUCAAGACAUUGAAGAAACUCAUCUCAUUCAUAUAAAGGAAAUUAUAGGAUCCUUGUCAAAUGCAAUAAAAGAAAUUCAUUUGCAAAUAGGCCAGGUCCAUGAAGAAUUUAUAAAUAACAUGGCUAACACUACAGUUGAAAGCUUGAUAGAAAAAUUUGCUGAAUCAAAAGGCACUGGGAAGGAAAGACCUGGCCUCAUUGAAUUUGAAGAAUGUGACCCUGCUAGUGCAGUUGAAGGUAUAAAACCAAGGAAAAGAAAGACUUUUGGUUUGCCAGGAAUAAUUAAAAAGGAAAAGGAUGCAGAAUCUGUGGAAUGCCCUGAUGCAGAUUCACUUAACAUUCCUGAUGUAGAUGAAGAAGGCUAUAGUAUAAAACCAGAAGCAAAUCAGAAUGAUACCAAAGAGAACCAUUUCUACUCAUCUAGUGAUUCUGAUUCUGAAGAUGAAGAACCAAAGAAGUAUCGGAUAGAAAUCAAACCUAUGCAUCCAAAUAACUCACAUCACACAAUGGCUUCCUUGGAUGAAUUAAAAGUAUCUAUAGGAAAUAUAACGCUGUCCCCAGCAAUAUCUAGACACAGCCCAGUGCAGCUGAAUCAGAAUUCGUCUAGUGAAGAGUUAACAAAGUCAAAGCCAUCUGCUACAUCCACUGAGAAAGGGACCAGUGAUUUACUUGCUUGGGACCCCCUGUUUGGACCAUCUCUUGAUUCAUCUUCAGCUUCACUAGCUUCAUCAUCAUCUUCAUCAGCCAGGCCCACAACUCCUCUCUCUGUAGGCACCAUUGUCCCACCUCCAAGGCCUGCUUCCAGACCAAAGCUUACUUCAGGCAAACUCAGUGGGAUAAAUGAAAUACCCAGGCCAUUCAGCCCACCUGUAACUGCCAAUACCAGCCCACCUCCCGCCGCUCCUUUAGCGCGGGCAGAAAGUUCUUCCUCUAUCUCAUCUUCUGCUUCACUAAGUGCUGCCAAUACUCCAACAGUAGGUGUGUCACGAGGUCCCAGCCCCGUCAGCCUUGGAAAUCAGGACACUUUACCUGUGGCAAUUGCCCUUACAGAAUCUGUCAAUGCAUACUUUAAAGGAGCAGAUCCCUCCAAGUGUAUUGUGAAGAUCACUGGUGACAUGACAAUAUCAUUUCCAAGUGGAAUUAUUAAAGUUUUCACUAGCAAUCCAUCUCCAGCUGUGCUAUGCUUCAGGGUGAAAAACAUCAGCAGACUAGAGCAAAUUCUUCCAAAUGCACAACUUGUGUUCAGUGAUCCAUCACAGUGUGAUUCUAACACAAAAGAUUUUUGGAUGAACAUGCAAGCUGUUACUGUCUACCUCAAGAAACUAUCAGAGCAAAAUCCAGCUGCUUCUUAUUAUAAUGUAGAUGUAUUAAAGUAUCAGGUGUCAUCAAAUGGUAUUCAGUCCACUCCUCUAAAUCUUGCAACCUAUUGGAAAUGUAGUGCUGGCACCACAGAUCUUAGAGUGGAUUACAAGUACAACCCAGAAGCGAUGGUGGCACCGAGUGUGCUUUCCAACAUACAGGUGGUGGUCCCAGUGGAUGGAGGGGUCACAAACAUGCAGUCCCUGCCCCCUGCAAUAUGGAAUGCAGAACAGAUGAAAGCCUUUUGGAAACUGCCUGGUGUUUCUGAAAAAUCAGAAAAUGGAGGUUCUGGGUCCCUCAGAGCAAAAUUUGAUCUUUCAGAAGGCCCUAGUAAACCCACAACACUCGCAGUGCAAUUCCUCAGCGAGGGAAGUACCCUCUCAGGAGUGGAUAUUGAACUUGUAGGCACUGGCUAUAGGCUUUCCUUAGUAAAGAAACGGUUUGCCACUGGACGAUACCUGGCGGAUUGUUGA